CGCGCCAAUUAUAUAUAUAACACAACAUUCUUCCAUUGGAUCUGCUACUAAUAGGUUUUCAAAACAUGAGCCUUUUGCGAUCUGCUACUGGGUAUAUUGUUCUCUUAUAUGGCAUUCUCGUUCAAUGUUAUUGAUGUAAAUAAUUUUAAAAUAAUAUUUGAAUUGCUUGUAAUAAAUUCUUGUAAAUAAUUUCCGAGACGAAAAAUAUAAAAUUUCUAGUAUAAUUUAAUAGCGUUUCAAACAUGCAUCCAAGAAUCACCACCUUCAAGCAAAUUAUCACCUACAAAGAUAAGAAGAAAAAGAUGUACAACACCUCGCCUCUCACCCAAUAUAACCACUAUAAGCAUCGCUGUCGUAUCAAGAAUGCCAAGAAGUUGAUUGACGAUUCAGCACCGGCGUUACAUUUAACAAACAUAAGCAAUGCAAAAAAUAACUAUACGGACUUGGCGUCCCUUUUCCAAGUCAUGCACUCGAACACUGAAAUGCUGAAAUAUUUCGGGCGUAUGUAUAUGUUGGGUCGAAAGAAUUCAUGGAAUGACUCGCAUGAUGCGCAGUGGCGCUAUUCAAGACUCGCUUUCAUGCAGAGAUCAGUGAAAGCCAUUGACAAAGAAAACAAACACAUUGCACGGCGUGUGUUGAGUGCGCGUAGAGUCGUAAAUACAAAUUUGAAACGAUCAUCGAUGAGUUAUGCGGAUUUUAGGGCACCAAGAGAGAUUUUAUCAAAGUACAGUACCAACAUAAUAUUACCGCCCAGAUGCUGGGAGCAACAUUUACUUUUACGACCGAUAGUAUACUUUGAGUUGGAAGUUCCGGGUCUCUAUUAUAUUGGGCGCUUCACCGUCCAACUCUACACGGAAGCAUUUCCCCAGGCAGUAUUGGCAUUUGUGCGUAUUUGCAAGCAUCAGAAGUUGAACAAACUUAAGCUCAUACGCACCUUUCCCAAGCUGUGGUCGGAAUUUGAACUGAGUAUGGAUCAGGCGGACGCCGCCUUUGCUAAAUCGCGACCAAUCGAAUAUGAUAGGCGUGCGCUUGGUCAAAACUUCAAACCGGGUAUACUGUCGUUCUCUUUGAAACAUAUCGAAACACUUCAAAAGGGUAUCUUAAGUUUUGCGCUGAGUUUUAGGCCAUUAUCGGUAGAGAUGACCGAUCGCGUGGUGUUCGGUGUUUUGAUUGGGGGCAUGCGCGGGCUCCAAUUGCUGGAAAAUAAUAGCACUAAGAACGGCAAACCUAUUAAGGAUGUGAUCACAACAGCGAUGGGUAUAAAAGCAUCGAUUUAGAAGCAGUUUAUACUCUCCUUGACUACAACCAAGGCCGUACAGUAGAAAAAAUUGUAAUAUUUCUCCGCUGAGCGUCGAGGAUAUCGGCCAUAUACCGAACUAAAUUUGCUGGUGUUAAUAAGCUACGAGAGGGAGGCUGUUACACUACUCGAGAUAUUUGAUGAAAAGUUUGCGAGAAGCUCAACUAAAUACUGUUGCGGUGUAAAAAUCAAAGACAAAGUGAUUUCGAAUAAGCCGAGGGAAGGACGAGAAGGCUCGUUGUUUAUAAAUUUAUGUGAUAUUAGUUUUUUAGUUAUAAAUUUUUUGUUGUACAUGCAAUAAAAUAAUAAGUUUAAA